AUGCUAUCUCGACAUUUGGCUGUCUCUCCUAUCCGGAAUAACUUGAUCCACACUUCGGCGUCCACGGCUGCUCGCCCGACAUAUGGACUUGGUAGGAAAGGCCAACGUUUCGUUCCCGCUCGUGCACGAUUGGCAGAACCUGACCAAACGCAUGCCAAGACCCAAAAGCCUCGCGAACGUGAGCGGCAGCGGCAAUUAAUCAUACCACUCCCCGAUUCAGAACACAGGGACAUCGACCCUGGUGAUAUUGAACCCCUGUCGCAAACAACCUCGAGUCGAUUUACGACUCCACCGCUUCUGCCUGGCAUAGUUUCGCAAAUUCAUGAACUUCUCGGAACCAAGGCCAAACCUACUCCUGUGCAAAAUAUUUCUCUGUCUCACUUUUUCCGUAACGACAAGACGACCGAUGCGAAUACGAAUGGGACUUUGCUGGCGGCCGAAACAGGGUCCGGCAAGAGUCUUGCGUAUCUCCUACCACUCGUCCAGGCUUUGAAAACUAGCGAAUCAUCCGCGAGGGAGCCCAGUGCUAGUGACUUGGCUUCUCCCAGAGCUCUCAUCCUCGUACCAACACAUGAAUUAGCCCGCCAAAUUAAAUCAACAUUGUCGCAUCUCACUCAUGCCCCUGACACCAAACUUCGGAGCAUAUGUGUCUCGACUGGUUCGGCUGAUUCACUAUCUGCUCGGGCUGCCCAGUCCAUGCCUUCCCCAUCUGAGGAAGGAGAAUUCCAGGUUUCCGCCUUGGAGCGAACUCGACGGGACCCUGAUGUAGUUGUUGGGACCCCAGCAAAGAUCCUCGACCUUGCUCGUCCAGGUGGAAGACACAGCGUCGGGCCAAUGCGACCUACUUACGAAGAUAGAGUAAGGAGAGAAUUUGAGCGAAACGUAAAAAUGGGGUAUGGGAAGGUGGAGUGGGUUGUCGUAGAUGAGGCGGAUGUAUUGUUUGAUCCUGAUUUUGCACUAUGGACCGAGGCAAUUCUGUCCGAUAUUCAAAAGCCAUACAACCUGAUUCUCACUACGGCAACGAUCUCCGCGCAUCUCUCCAAAUACCUCUCCGCACAUCAUCCUAGUUUAACUCGACUCACCACUCCCGACCUGCACCGCCUCCCUGCAUCAUUACAAACGGAAUACGUAGAAUGGGAUCGUAGGCCCGGGAAUCGAAAUCCUAUGAUUUUAAGAAAGCUGAGAGAUACUUGGGCGGAAGAGGCGAGGCAACAUCCGGGAUGGAAGGAAAAGAGCAAGGUCAUCAUAUUCUGCAACCGAUCCAAGAAAGUCGAGGAACUGGGCGAAUACUUAAAGAGAGAAGGAAUCAAAUGUGUCAGUCUGACGAGUGAGAGCGAGAAUAGACAACGAGGGAGCAACAAACACAUUUCCGCGUUCCUCAAGCCGUUUCCUGGUGCAAUCCGCAAAGGCGCAUCUAACUCUAGCUCUGAAGACUCGCUGGACGUACUAGUAACGACCUCCUUACUUUCACGAGGACUAGAUUUUACGCCCGCCGUUCGGUCGGUAUUCAUUGUGGAUGAGCCGAGGAACGAAGUGGAUUUCAUUCAUCGGGCUGGUAGAGUUGGACGGGCAGGAAGAGCAGGGCGGGUUGUCGUAUUUACUGAUGGAAAGAACAAAGGUGCUGUUCUUGGGAAGAGGGCUCAGGGUGGCGAGAAGAGAAACUCGGGCACAUAUGGCGUUACGGGCGUUGAUCACCUAUUAUCAAAGCGUGCGGCCAAUGUAUUUUCAUCUGAAGCUGCCAAAUGGUUCAUUGCGUCUGAGACGGACGCACAUCUUGAUGAAGUGGUGCACAGAACCGGCCAUACAAUUGAUGGGAUAUCCAACAAGUUCUUCCACCAACAAUUUAAUGGUAUCAGAGUGGCAAAUGCGGUUGCCAGCGUUGCUAUGAAGGGGAACAAAGUAAUCUUGUAUGGUGCAAAUUUUGUCAAAGCAAAGACUAUUGUGCCUGUUGCUACUCAUGUAUUACAGGAGAGCGCGGUCAAAGCUGCCAAAUUGGUCACUGGCGCAACUUACAACUUACACCCAAUCAAACUUCAGUACUUCAUCAAAGACAUGGAAGUGCACAAAGUCAAUUUAAUUGCUUUGCUAUACUUUGCAUCCACAAAUUGA